GUUCAAUUGGCUCCCUUGUUAGACUUCAGACAACAAGGCACCAUACAAACGUCAAGCAAGGUUUUCCCAGAGGACCACUGACCAACCCUUUCGUUACGGAAAUAUGAGUGAUCACGCGAAAGAAACCAGGACGCAGCAGGGCGAGAAUCAGAUGGGCCUGUUCGGUGGCACGGGACCGGUGCUUGGAGGCUCAGCAGGGGGGCAGAACUACUCUCUCGCUAGUAUGCUGGACAGGGCAAACGCCAAGAAGUCAGGGGACAGCAGCGCAGCAGGAGCCAAGGACAAGAAGGACUUGGGAGACCCACUGAUGUCAACAGGCACCAAGGAUCUGCUGGAGGGGUCUGGCCUGCUGCCAGGGGCCAAGGGGGGCUGGGAGCCCAGGACACCUAUCCCCAAACAAUCGGCGCCGGCCGCUCACGGCGGUGAGGGCGCACACCAAUCGCGGCCAGAAGUGCCAGACCUGCAUCCAGCGAUGUCCGAGGGUGCGCGCAACUUGCUGGAAGGCAGCGGCCUGCUGCCAGAGCGGAAGAAGUAGAGCGUAGUGUUACUACGUAGUACGCAACUGGAUUCAUGUUCCAGCAGUCGGAGCGGAAAGCUUAGAGCAUAGUGGGACGAAGCUGUCUAAGCAUUUAGGGUGAAAGUAAUGUGCUGUGACUAAGCAUGGUGCACAGUCCAAGUCAUAUCCGCAACUUUGCAAGCACUGCUGGCAGCUGCAAGUGCGGCGAAGAAAUGAGACAAGCGUGAGAGACCUUGCCACCACUGAAUUACUAGCUUGCAAUUGAGUAGCCUAGGAUAGCAGCUGACCUGUAAGACCUUGUAUGACGGUGUGGCCAUGGAGAGGGCCUGCAGGGCCUCGGCAAUUCAUUGGUACAUUUUUACUGCGCUGUGUGGGAAAUGCAACAUGACUAUAGCAUCCUUGUGCGUACUCUUGUGUGGUGUAAUUCGCAGGAUGUCACC